AUGGAAACCAGAGCAGGAUGUAUAGGGACGUAUGAUGAACCAUUGCCAGGGUUCGCCAGUCGUGGAUCACCUGAGUGUGCAGAAAGAACUUGCAUACUCCGUAACAACGAUUUACUCUUCGACAACGAUGAGAUUGACAAGGACUCCGUCAAGCAGUACCUGAACGAGUGGGUGGCGAAGAGGAGGGAGUUCAUACCUGCGGUUAAUGCUGUUAAAGAUAUCUGUCUUGGUAAGAAGCCUAUGUUUGGACCCACGGCGAUGUGUGACGCGGACAAACUAUUUAUGUGCAUAAAAUCUAAUUUCUUUAACAAAUGUCCUAACUGGCUGGAAACUGAAGGCUGCACUGAAACACGAGCAUUUAUGGAACGCUGCAUGCCUUAUUUCGAUUAG